UGCAUACUCGAAGGAGGUUACCGUAGUUAGCAUAACCUCAGUAAUUAAUCAUAAUAAAUUAAUUUUUAGCAUUUGUAAUUAUUGCAAUUAAAAAUGAGUUCAUAUUGAGCUGAUACUCCAACUUGCUACGCAACAUUUCUGGUUUAAACCGGCGUGUCACCCGAUCAGACCAGCUUUCCAAAGUUUCGCGUCACCAAGCAGGUGAGUCGGGUAUUGAAAACUCGCCCGCCAGCAGCCAGACGUUUGGUAUUUUGUUCAGGCGUGUACCGCACACUGUGUUCAUUUUGUUUGUUUGUUUUUUUCUUCUUUUUUUCCCCCCCACAGAGAAGGAGGUGCAACAGUCUCAGAAUAAUCAGUUAACACCUUCCCAUCAGGUUUUUAUGCCAGCUAACUGAUUUUAUCUGUUCGCCUGCUUUCAGUUCUAAGUGACAACAAGAAAUGGCACAAGAAGUGAACUCUACUAUAAUAAGACACAUUCUGUUUAUUACCUGGAACAUGAUUGUUUGCUUCAGUUUGUUGCCGCUCAUAAAGGCCUGAAAGGAUCCGGUGUUCAGAUUGUGGGAUGACUGUAAGCUCUGGAUUGAUUUUUGCUUUUUAAAGACUGCGUUGAUCCUUUACCGUUUUGAACAUGGCAGGAGGAUCAGCAGCUGACUUGGGACCUACAGCUGUUGUCAAGGUUUUUUCAGCUGGAACAGCUGGCUGCGUGGCUGACCUGGUCACCUUCCCGUUGGACACCGCUAAAGUACGACUGCAGGUCCAAGGAGAAUCGAAGGCCCUCCCAAAAGGCCAGAAGGCGGCGUACAGAGGUGUAUUUGGCACCAUCAUCACCAUUGUGAGGACCGAGGGGCCGAGGAAUCUGUACAACGGGCUCCUGGCGGGGCUGCACCGACAGAUGUGCUUCGCCUCCGUCCGGAUCGGUCUGUACGACACCGUGAAGCAGCUCUACGCCCACGGAGCAGAGAAUCCUGGACUGGGGACCCGACUGCUGGCGGGCUCCACCACCGGAGUGAUGGCGGUGGCUUUUGCUCAGCCCACCGAUGUUGUGAAGGUCAGGUUCCAGGCUCAGGUCCACCAGCCGGAGAACGGCUCCGUCAAGAGGUACAGCAGCACCACGGAGGCCUACAGGACCAUCGCCAGGGUGGAGGGCCUCAAAGGGCUCUGGAAAGGGUGUCUGCUGAACAUAGCUCGUAACGCUAUUGUGAACUGCUCCGAGCUGGUGACGUAUGACAUCAUUAAAGAGCAGACCCUGAAGAACAAACUGAUGACAGACAACAUGCCGUGUCACUUCACUGCCGCGUUCGCCGCAGGUUUCUGCACCACCGUGGUGGCCUCUCCGGUGGACGUGGUGAAAACCCGCUUCAUGAACUCCGUGCCCGGGCAGUACGGCGGCGCCGCCAACUGCGCUCUGACCAUGCUGCUUAAAGAGGGGCCCUCGGCUUUUUACAAAGGGUGGGUGUCGUCGUUGAAAACCGGGGCAGAUCCAGUCCAGCAGCUGAUUUUUCUCAAUCUUUCCUUGCAGCUUCAUGCCGUCGUUCCUUCGCCUGGGGUCCUGGAACAUAGUGAUGUUUGUCAGCUACGAGCAGAUUCAGAGGGUGGUGGUAAGAUUUCAGCGGCGUCUCGCUUCAGAACGGUUUGACUGAGCGAAGCUGUGCAGCGGGAUCUGCAGCAGCGUUGAUAGUGAGCGGUCGAUCCGGACCUGGUACCUCACCAGAGAGGGCAAGCUGCAGGUUUGAUUGGUGAUUAUUAUUUUAGGUCAUAAUCGGAAACACUCUUUUGUUUUUUAACUGAGAUUUGUCAGACUCUCAGAAACUUGUUUACAUUUUUGGCCCAAGUCAAGAUCAUGUAUGUUCUCACGGCCGGUUGUGUCAGAAUGUAUUGAUAAAACCCAUUUACAAACUGCUCAAAUAUCAAUAAAUGUCAGUGUCAAUAUGUGUCUUAAAGUUAAAUAAUAUAGAUUUUUUUUCACGAGAAUCUCCCUCUAUAGGAUUUUGUGAUUGUUUUUGUAAUUUUUUGCAAUCAAAUUCACAGAUUUUAUGGUGCUGCUUUAGAAAUAUUUGUAAAUAAUUUAGUAAUAUUGGUGCUUAUGUAUGACUUUUGUUACUCGCCAUAUCGAUUAUGGACUGUCACUUGACAUCAAGUAAGGCUGAGGCAACUGUGCCGUAAAAAUAAGAAAUGCUGCCACCUGCAGGUAGGGGUUAGCAGUGGCUUCAACCCAAUGUUUUUAACCAUUUUUGCAGAAAAUUUGCAAUAAACUCAGAGUUUUCCAUUAGCCCAAAAAAAUGUGGUGAUCUGUUGAUUGGACUUGAAUUUUUGUGAUCACUGAAUUAUGAAAAACUGGAGGAAAUGAUUGAUGUUUUAUGGAAUCUAACAUCUGGAGAGCCAAGUAAUAAUCUUAGUAAAAAGAAUAAAAAUAGGGUAUCUUAAACCAGAAAUUUAAAAUAUUAAAGUAAGCAUGUUAGCCCAGUUAAAAUCUUUCUGAAUCAAUUUUUUCUGAUUCUAAUGACACUGACAUGGAAUAUUUUAAAGGAAUAUUUACUUCUUCAAGUUCAGCAGGAUAACAACGUGUUCUGAUGAUGGGUGCAUUUUUCACAUUUUGUACCUCAGACCACACGAAGAAUUCAGGAAGAGGAAGUUCUUUAAAAAAACCUAAAUUUUACAUUAUGUACAUAAUAAACAGAAGUGUAAGGCUGCAAUUUGCUGCUUGAUGUUGAACCUUUUUUUUUGCUGAAGAAACUGUUUCAAACUGUUUUUGGAUGUGCAAAAAUAAAAAAGACUAAAGAUAUAAAAGCAUUGAUGACA